AUCGGAUUUUUGGUCUGGCAGCACUGCCUGGUUUGUGGUCGUGUCCCACUCAAGUCAAGUUCCAAUUAUUCAUAUUUUCAUAACAAUUUUGUUUGUGUAUUGUAUUUUAGUGGAAAUAAGUUAACCUGAAAUUACUGUACAUAGGUACAAGUUUCAACAAUGGCGAAACGUUCUGCUUCAGAAGCUUUUGAAGUAGAAGAGAUAAAAGUUUUGAGGGAAGGCAAGAAACAUUCUUUAGACUCUGAUGAAGAAGACAGCGGAGCUGAAGAGGAAAAAAAGAACAUUCUUAACAUUAAUGAUAUUGAAGGCGAAGAAGAAGGACAAGGAGGCAUUGAAGGUGAAAUUACAAUAACUCCUUUCAAUAUGAAAGAAGAACUUGAAGAGGGUCAUUUUGACACUCAGGGUCACUAUCAUUGGAAAAAAGAAAAGGAAAUAAGAGAUGGAUGGCUAGAUAAUAUAGACUGGGUUAAGGUGAAAGGUCGUCCAGAAGACAAAUACAAAGUGCAUAAAGAUGAUGAUAACAGAGGUCUUGGUGAUGAGUCCAGCAGCGAAGAUGAUGAGCCACAGGAGAAAUUUGAAUUGAUUGCCAAUUACAAAGAAAUAUUUCAGCAUAUGAAACCACAGGAGACAAUAGCUAAAACAUUGCAGAGACUUGGAGCUAAUUCAAAAAUAUCAAGUGCUGAAAGGUGGAAGAGGAAAAAAGCAGGUAUUGUUGAUGAAGGAAGUAAAACAGUCACCAGAAUCACAGAACUUGCAAAUCAAAUUUUAACAAAGAUGGGCAACAUGGAUAUUUAUCAAGAAAGUUAUGAAAAAAUUAGUAAGAUUAUAUCCAAAGAUAAAAGCAAAAAUGAUGAUGCAGAUUUGGAUAUGUAUGCAGACGAUUUUGAUCAAAAAGAAAAAGAAACUUUAUCUAAAGAUCAAGGAGCUACUGAAAAUACAGAAGAAGACAAAGAUGAUGAACCAAAGCAGGUGAAAUGGGAAUUCAAAUGGAACCAAAAUGAUUCAGAGGUGUCUGGUCCCCACUCCACUGAACAGAUGCAAAAGUGGUCUGAAGAUGGUUACUUCAAAACAGGUGUAUGGGUGAGAAAACAUGGUGAAGAUAGCCAGUUCUAUAAUUCAAGUAGAAUGGAUUUUGAAUUGUAUAUGUAAGUGUGUGCAUUUUAAUAAAAGUCAGAGUUUA